AUGGACGUCAUCGACCUACUUCUUCGAAACACAGAUGAACAGAUCAACAGUUACCACAGCAACCCGAUAUGUGCACUGAACAUUCAAGAUAGUCCCAGCCCUGGGGAGAGCAGUGCUGAUGACUUCCUGGAAAGCCUGCUGGGUAGCUCGUCUCCUGCCUCCUCCCUGUGGUCCUCCUGCACUUCCUCCAGCGGCAGCAGCGAGGAACAUGUGGCCUACCCCACCGAGAGCCAGGCGUGCUUCAGGCCUGUGCCAGGAUGUGCAGAACUGUGGCCGUCCCAGGUGGAGAUCUGUCCUUCUCCAGUCAGAGUCAAGAUGGAGAGGUCUUCUGAGGUGGCAGUGGAUCUAGGUGGUGACAGAAGAGAUCUGGAGGAGACUUUUGGACUGACAUACUACCUCAAAGCAAAUCACCCGUCUCUGCGGCAAUCCAGUCAGCCACUCACUGUGAAGGAUCUGCUCUUGACCAACUACAGGGAGAAAGGACAGAGACCCUCUCAGCCGUCACUUCCUGAGCUCGCACUGGAUGAUGAUGAGAAACGACUUCUGGCCAAAGAAGGAGUGACUCUUUCAAGUAAAUUGCCUCUAACCAAGCUUGAAGAGAGAGUUUUGAAGAAGAUCCGCCGGAAAAUUCGUAACAAGCGCUCCGCUCAGGAAAGUCGGAAAAAGAAGCGGGAGUAUGUCGAUAGUCUGGAGGGAAGGAUGUCUGCAAGCAAUGCUCACAACCUCGAGCUCCAGAAAAGGAUUCGACAAUUAGAAGAAACAAACAAGGUUCUGCUAGAUCAGCUAAGCCAGCUACAGGCUGUACUCACUAACAACCCCAGGAAGGCCACACCUAAAGGGACAUGCAUAUUGGUUCUGCUUCUGUCCUUCACCCUCAUCAUUUCCUCAAAUCUGCAGCCAGAGCCUUCAAGCCAAGUCAGCCAGGGAGACUUCACAGAGACACCAGUGCUGUCACGUUCUCUGCAGUCCAUCCCAGAAGUGGACCGCCCCAAUGGGCCUCUGCUGGCUGCCCUGAGGGGAGUGGAGAUGAUGCGCAGCGGGAUGGAGAGGCUAGGGCCCUGGGCAGAAACGCCCACAGUGGAUCACAGACACCAGGACAAAGCGUGA